AUGAGACUGUCUCGAAUUUCUCAACUCCAACGUUUGGACUUGUUAUGCAAGCGAUAUCACACAACAAAAAUCGGUGCUCGGUUCAAUGCCACAUCCGCCAUUGUCUCUAACAAUCCAUCCUCCCAGCCAAACUUCAACUUAAAGAAAGACAUCAAUAUAUACACCUCUUUAGUGGAAGAGUUAAGAAGACCCCAGAAGGAAACGAGGAGCUCACUAAGUGUGGCAAACAAGCCAUUCAAUGAAAUCAAGCCUCUGCUCAAAGUGUCUGAAGAAGAUCGAAAAGAAGUUGCAUGGUCUUCUGCCUAUGACCCAGUCACAAGAUCUCCAUUUGCUAAAGAUGUGAUUCAUUUGCAGUCUUUACUUGAUGCUCUUUUGGCAAGCAAGAAUUUCUCCAGAGCUGGCAAUAUUCUUAAAGCGAUGUUCCCAUUGAUGGAGAAACCGGAGAGUUUUGUUCCGCUCAUGAACAAGUACUUGGAGGCGUACUCAUUAGAAGAAUCUGUCACAAUUAAAGAUCUUGAAGACUUUGUGGAUUCUAUGCAACGCCAGUUCCCGAUCCACCCGAACGACAGAACUUAUGCUUUAUUGAUAUCCAAGUCGCUUGAUGAUGAGUUAACCUAUACAAAAUUCCUCGACAAGGCAAAAAGUUCCAGAAACCUCAUCAGAAAAACCUUGAACCAUGUGGAUGUCAUAUCAGCUGAAGGCUUAUCCAAGAUUUUUGAAUAUCCUGGAUUAAAUGAAUCCCACAUUCCUCGUGAUCUCUUGCCUAUGUUCCAUGAAGCAAGAAACCAAUCCAAAAAACCAAACGAAACUGCAGAUGACGACGUUCCAGAAUAUUUCAAAGAGGACGACGUUGCCGCUCCCAUGAUUGAAAAAGAUGCAACAGAGUUGAAGGCAGUAGACUCCUUUGGGUUGAAAGUUAUCAGACACACACUUCUUGGUUUGGAAAGCAAAGACGAUAUCGACUUAGAAAAGCUUUUCAGAGACCUCGAUGAAGACUCUAAGCAACACAUUUUGCACAAUACCAAAUCCAACAAGAAACGAAAUUAUCAUGAAAUCUACAAGUCUCUCAAGACUCCUGAAGAAAAGAGAAAGUUUGACCAGGCUCUUGACAUUUUUAAUGAGAAUAGACAGAGAGAAUUAGAAAGCAAAGGCAUUGAUGCUGCAAGGGAAAAGUGGAAGCAUGAGUUCGAGGAUAUGCAAACGAGGGGAGGAAUCUCUUUGAGUAAAAACUUGAAUGUUCAGUUGUACCAGUGGUACUUGGAUAUGCUCCCAUAUGUUCAAGAAGAGGUCAGUUUAUGUCGCCAACUCUUGAAUAACGAAAUUGACAUGACUUCCUUAUCAAGUGAAGAAAAGAAGCAAAUGAAGGAUAGGUCAUUCUAUGCUCCAUAUCUCGUCUUAAUUCCUCCCAAGAAGCUUAGCGUGAUCACAAUCUUGGAAUUAUUGAAAUUAAAUUCCACUGGCGGUAUUGUUGACGGAAUGCGUACCGCAAGAGCAGUGAUUUCUGUGGGGAAAGCUAUUGAGUUGGAAUACAAGUCUCAAGGUUUAGUUGCUGCAGAGAAAAGAUUUUUGGGAAGAAAGGCCAAAAGCUCAAACCAGUGGAAGAAAAUAUUGAGAAAUAGAAAACCCUCUGGGGACGAGGCAGGUUUAUCUACGGAGUGGGAUUAUCCCGUCUAUGCGAAGCUAGGAUCCGUCUUGACUUCUCUUCUUCUUCAUGUUGCUAAGGUUCCAGUGACAGGAACUGACCCUACUACAGGCAAGCAGGUCAAGGGAAAGCAACCUGCAUUCCACCACACAUACCAAUUUGUCAAUGGCCAAAGACUUGGAAUUAUCAAGCUACAUAAAAAUUUGGUGAAACAAUUGGCCAGCAACACCCUCAUCAACUCUGUUCAACCACAGCUUCUUCCUAUGUUGCUUCCUCCUUCGGAUUGGACUUCCCAUAACCAAGGAGGUUAUCGCUUCACACCUAGUACUUUGGUCAGAAUCAAAGAUUCUGCUGAAACUGUUGCCUAUGUCAAGGCAGCUUCUGAAGCCAACAACUUGGACGACGUAUACAGAGGACUUAAUGUAUUGGGCCACACACCAUGGACUAUCAAUGCAAAAGUGCUCGAAGUCAUUUCGCAGUAUUGGAAUACUGGAGAAGCAUUUUUGGAUAUUCCUCCUGUUGUCGAUGAGCCAGAACUUCCCCCUCCAUUGCCUCUCAAUGCAGAACCGUUAGAGAAAGUUGAGUACCAAAGGAAAGUGCGCCAUGUGCUAAAUGAAGCAGCUGCUUACAGAUCGCAAAGAUGUGACACCAACUACAAAUUGGAGAUUGCCCGUGCUUUCGUUGGUGAAAAAAUGUACUUUCCGCACAACGUCGAUUUUAGAGGUAGAGCAUACCCUCUUCCACCCCAUCUUAACCACUUGGGAAAUGACUUGACCAGAUCAUUAUUUUUGUUUUGGGAAGGCCGCGAAUUAGGUGAGAGAGGUUUAGAAUGGUUGAAGAUUCAUUUGGCAAAUGUCUAUGGUAUGGACAAGGCUCCAUUGGCCCAAAGAGCACAAUUUGUUGACGAUAACUUGGAGCACGUUUUUGAAAGUGCUCGCGAUCCUACUGGUGGGAGCAAAUGGUGGACCAAGGGAGAGAAACCUUGGCAAGUAUUGAGUGUGUGCUUCGAACUAUUGGAAGCAUAUAAGUUGGAUGAUCCAACCAAGUAUGUCUCGCAUGUUCCUGUGCACCAGGAUGGAACAUGUAAUGGUUUGCAACAUUAUGCGGCUUUAGGUGGUGAUAUUGAAGGUGCAAAACAAGUGAAUUUGGUUCCUGCUGAUAGACCACAAGACGUUUACAAGUUCGUUGCAGGUUUAGUUGAAAAGAGAUUGCAGGCUGAGGCUGAAGCAGGGAACAAGUAUGCUAUUUUCUUGCAAGGAAAAAUCUCCAGAAAGGUGGUGAAGCAGACGGUCAUGACAAAUGUCUAUGGAGUGACUUUUGUCGGAGCUGUUGCGCAGAUUGAGAAGCAGCUUGGCCACUUGUUUGAGAAAGACGAUUAUGAUUCUGUUACCUUGUAUGCCCGCUACUUGACUUCUUUGGUUUUCGCUUCGAUGCGUGAGUUGUUUGAAGGUGCUCAUUUGAUUCAGGACUGGUUAGGAGAGUCAGCAAAACGUAUCUCCAAGUCCGUCAGAAUUGACUACGAGGAGAAGUCAGCAAAAAAUGCAAACAAGCCAAGUCACUUGUCUUCUGUUAUUUGGACAACACCUUUGGGCUUGCCUUGUGUCCAACCAUACAGGGCCACCAAGCGCCAAAUUGUCUCAACCAAUUUACAAGACAUUUCCAUCUCUGAUCCUUUUGGAGCUACGCAAGUAGACUCAAGAAAACAACAAACAGCUUUCCCACCCAACUUCAUUCACUCUUUGGAUGCCACGCACAUGUUGAUGACGGCUGCGGCUUGUGGAGAAGAUAAUUUACACUUUGCAUCAGUUCACGAUUCCUACUGGACCCAUGCCUGCGACGUUGACAAGAUGAGUGAACAUAUCCGUAAUCAGUUUGUCAAGUUACACGAGGAAAACUUGAUCGUCAAGUUGCGUGAUGAGUUUGAGAGACGCUACAAGGGCUUUUUGCAAGUCAUAAGUAUUCCUGGUGACCACGAGGUGGCUUUGAGAAUCAAAGAAGUAAGAAGAAAAAUCGUGAAAGAUUUGGGCCGUGGUUUAACGGUGGCCGACGAGAUUUAUAUUGAGAAGAAGAGACAAGAAUUGCUUGAGUCUCCGGAUGCUUCUGAAGUGCAAAUGGGGAAGGAAAUGGUAACCACAGUCAGUGUCACCGAAGGUUACGAUCUCAAUAAGAUUGCUGUUAGUGCUUCUAGCAGUAAAGCAUUGCAGAUCUUGGCACCGUUGUCUUUCCCAGAUAUUCCACCAAGAGGCUCAUUGGAUGUUCAAGUGGUAAAGCAAUCGCCUUACUUCUUUUCUUAG